AUGGCAUCAGCAAGUGAUGCUUUGAAUUACUCAGAGCCCGAUAUGCAAGUUCAGUUGACAGAGCCAAGUUCCCAUUCUAUCUACCAAAUAUUGAUGCGAAGCUCAUUCCGGAGACAGCUAUUAGAAAAUUAUAGCCAUAUUCCACCGGAGGAACAAUCCAAACAUGUCCAUGAAAUCGUAAGGCCCUGGGACAUCCGCGCGUACCCUUGCACGGGAGUUGGUGCAUGGCUUGUACCUCAACUUUGUCGGAACCCUGUGUAUCCUGAGAUUUUGAAGCGGGUCCAGGCCGGUGAGGUAUUGAUAGAUGUUGGAUGUUUUCUUGGACAUGAUCUUCGACGAUUAGUCUACGAUGGUGCGCCCUCGGAUAAAAUUUAUGCUAUCGAUAUCUUUAUCGAAGCUGAUAUCGUAUCCGAGUCCAAAGCGCUGGCGCCAUUGAGAGGUAAAAUAGAUAUCAUCGCAAUAACACAGGUGAUUCACCAAUGGGAUUGGGAAGGACAAGUCAAAGCAGCCAAACAGUUGAUUGGGUUUACCAAAGGGCCUGGCUCCAUGAUUGUAGGAAAUCAGAUUGGAAACUCCAAAGCACAAGAAGUAACUUUGAAGACACUCGUCGUUUCUAUGUGGCGACACAAUCCGGAAUCCUUUGCGAAAUUGUGGGAUCAGGUUGGACAAGAGACGGGGACAAGGUGGGAAACGCAGGCAUGGAUGAGAUCCUUUGAGGAAAUGGCAUUUGGUGCUAAAGAUGGUGCUGGGAUGGAGGAUGGAGUGGCAAUCAUUGAGUUUGCUGUGAAGAGGGUCGAGUAG